AUAACACCCAGACCACAGACCGCUGCUGCUGGAGAGCAGGGUCUUUUUACUUAAUCCAAGAUGCUUCCAUUGACGCUAAUCCUCGGCCUCGCUGCCCUGGCCACAUCCAUUCCAAUCGGUGACCCAGAAGAUUCAGGGAAGCACUGGGUGGUCCUGGUGGCCGGCUCCAAUGGCUGGUACAACUACAGACAUCAGGCUGACGUGUGCCACGCUUAUCAAAUCGUCAAGAAAAACGGCAUCCCCGAUGAGCAGAUCGUGGUGAUGAUGUACGACGAUAUCGCAGAUAAUGAAGAGAAUCCAACCAAAGGAAUCAUUAUAAACCGUCCCAAUGGCACAGACGUAUAUGCUGGAGUCCUGAAGGAUUACACAAAGGAGUUUGUCACUCCUGAGAACUUCUUGGCGGUUCUGAGAGGUGACUCAGAGGCCGUGAAGGGAAAAGGAUCCGGGAAGGUGAUUAACAGUGGGCCCAACGACCACGUGUUCGUCUACUUUACCGAUCACGGAGCCCCGGGUAUUCUGGCCUUUCCCAAUGAUGACCUCCACGUCGAAGACCUGAACAAGACCAUUCAGUACAUGUAUGACAACAAGAAGUACAAAAAGAUGGUUCUGUACAUUGAGGCCUGUGAAUCGGGCUCUAUGAUGAAUCAUCUACCCAACAACAUCAAUGCUUACGCAACCACAGCAGCCAAUUCUCAUGAGUCCUCUUACGCCUGUUAUUACGAUGAAAAGCGAGACACAUACCUCGGCGAUCUUUACAGCGUCAGCUGGAUGGAGGACUCUGACGUGGAGGAUCUGUCCAAGGAGACCCUACACAAGCAGUUCCAACUGGUCAAGCAGCACACCAAUACCAGUCACGUCAUGCAGUUUGGAAACCGGACCAUUUCUCGGAUGAAGGUGAGACAGUUCCAGGGCAGCGCUAAAACGGUGGCCCCUAGAAUGACACUGGAGCCGGUGCACCGUCUGGACCUGACCCCCAGCCCAGACGUGCCCAUAGCCAUUCUCAAGAGGAAGUUCAUGGCUACCAACGAUAUUACUGAGGCCCGGGAUAUACUGGCCCGGAUAAAAUCCCUCCAGGAGGCCAAAGCCUUGGUCCAAGAAUCGGUGAAGAAGAUUGUUUCGAUUGUGACGGGAACUGAUGAGAUGAUGGAAGAGAUUUUCGGCGAUCAGGCGGAUAUUAACGAUCGCACCUGUUAUCGCGCAGCCGCCGAGCACUUUAAGAGCCAGUGCUUCGACUGGCACAACCCCCUGUAUGAAUACGCCAUGAGACAGCUGUACACUCUGGUGAACCUCUGUGAAUCCGGAUAUCCACUAGAGAGCAUUACCCGUGCUAUGGAUGAAGUCUGCCAAGGUCGGCACUGACACUGCUGGCAAAAUGGAGUCCUCCAGCAGGGGGUAGUAGAUGGGGGCGUUGGUGAUGAUUAACCCUCUCUGCCGUUUGCCCCACCUGCAGCUGCUGCCUCAAACCUAAUCUCUACUCCUUGACCGUUUUGUUGCCUUCAACAUCACAAAUCUUCAAUCCAAAUUCUAGACUUGCAAAGCCAAGUACAUCUAAGAUAUUGGACCUGCCAGGCUGUACAUUAAGCAAGGCCCUGACCUGCA